CCCGGGUCUCGAGCCUCAAAGUAUUCAACAUCCGGCAAUCAUUCUUCGACGCGUUCUGCCUAUUGUGGAUAUAUAGCUUCACAUACAAUUGCUGAAAUCCAUCUGUGCAAUGGUCAUUUUGCAAGUCUUGCUAUUCUUGUACUUGUAAACUGAUAAAUGGCCGCGCAGCAAGCUUCAAUCAGUCGGCGCUCGCUAGACGAGCUGCUGGCAACUCCUACGACGUCUCGGGGAUCCUCGAUAGACCUCGACGCCGACGGGUUCAGAAAGACCGAAGCAAUGCCGGAGACAAAAAUUGAAGAACCUACGCCUAUAAACCCAUGGUCGGAACGGCCGCCGCUGUCGCAGUAUAGCAGCGAGAGUUACACCAGCCGACGGAUUACUCCGUCUCACGAGAAUGAUGAUCCCUAUGAGGAUCAAGCGAACGACGAAUUGUUGGCGCCUCCUGGCCGUCAACGCGGCAAUCAGGAUCAGUUUCAGUCUCUGAGUCCUUCGGCUUCAUUCACCCCAGCGACGCGGUUCAGCUUGGAGAGCGCGUCUACAAUUAAAGGCCUUCCAGAGUGGAAUGUGUCUGGCAACAGUAUAGGCUACGAGAACAUGUCGACGAUCGACUGGAUGAACGAAUACCGCAAGGAGAGGCUACGACACAACAGCGCACAAAAGUCGUACAUAUCAGAUUCGGCAAAGAUCUGGUUCGUUCUCCUUGUCACCGGUCUCUGGGUUGGGUUGAUCACUGCUGGAGCCGAUGUAGUGGUCAAUUGGCUGGCGGACUUGAAGCUGGGUUACUGCCGUUCUGGAUUCUAUCUCAGCCACGAGUUCUGCUGCCUGGGUGAAGACUUGACAUGUGAUUCAUGGACAGCCUGGGGUGCAGCUCUUCACGCUUCUGGCUCUGGGAGUUAUGUGAUCGACUACAUCUUCCAUGUGCUAUAUGCUCUGAUUUUCGGUUCCGCAGCAGCCUUUCUGGUUCUGCACUACGCCCCCUAUGCGUGCCAUAGUGGAAUCCCCGAGAUUAAGACAAUUCUCGGAGGCUUUAUAAUCAAAGGUUUCAUGGGAUUCUGGACGCUUGUGACCAAGACAUGCUCGAUGUGCCUGGCUUCUGCCUCCGGUCUGUGGUUCGGUGCCGAAGAGCCUCUCGUCCAUAUCGCGUGCUGCUGCGCAAACAUCACAAUCCGUCUUUUCCCGUCACUAAGGCGAAACGAAGCCCGAAAACGCGAGAUUUUUUCAGCGGCAGCAGCUGCAGGAAUUGCCGUCGGAUUCGGUGCGCCGGUCGGAGGUGUGCUCUAUAGCUUGGAGCAGAUUUCUUACUAUUUUCCUGAUAAGACUCUGUGGCAGAGUUUUGUCUGCGCUAUGGUUGCUUCGGUCUCUAUUCAGCUUGCCAACCCAUUCAGAACCGGCAAGCUGGUUAUCUUCCAAGUUACAUCCAAUCGACUUUUUCACGACUUUGAGAUUGUUCCAUUCGUUUUACUUGGAGUAAUUGGAGGGGUCGUCGGUGCGCUGUUCAUCAAACUGAACAUGAUGAUUGCUAGAUGGAGGCCCCGGAGUCGAGUCUUUAAUCAUCCUCUCGUGGAGGUUGCCGUGCUCAGUGUCGUUACAGCUCUUGUUAACUUUCCUGAUCCAUUCUCUCGCAUCCAGAAUAUUGUACUCGUCGCGAAUUUAUUCCAAGAGUGCGCUGCCGAUAGCACUUCGAUGCUCUGCGACCACGAUUCUUCAGGGAAGGUUAUCGCUUUGCUGCUGCUGGUAGCGUUUCUGGGUAUAAUAUUCUCUGCCUAUACGUUUGGCACAAGUAUUCCUUCGGGCGUUAUGAUGCCUUCGAUGACAGUCGGUGCGUGCUACGGCCGAGCGUUUGGGAUCUUGAUGGAGAGCUGGCAGCGAAAUCACCCGGAUAUGAUUUUUUUCCGAUCAUCGCGUCCUCCAGAUGGUGCAUGCGUUACUCCCGAGGUCUACGCAAUCGUCGGAGCAGCGUCUGCGUUGGGCGGUGUUACUAGACUGACGGUCUCGCUUGUGGUAAUCAUGUUUGAGCUCACGGGCGCAUUGGGCUAUGUUUUGCCGAUAAUGGUGUCUGUGCUGGUCGCCAAAUUGGUGGGCGAUGCAUUUGAUCGCAAUGGAAUCUACGAAAGUUGGAUCCAUUUCCGAGGAUACCCUUUUUUGAGUAACAACGACGAUGACCCGGUCCCAGAUCUGUCAGUCGAUGAGGUGAUGACCAGUGUUGAGAAUCUGACCGUUCUUGAAGCUUCCGGGCUGACAAUUGGCGAGCUGGAAGACGUGGUCGCUACGCAUGAUUACAAGGGAUUCCCAGUUGUUGACAAUGCUCAGGAAAACACCCUACUGGGAUAUAUUGCCAGAAAUGAGCUAAAGUACGCUCUACAGCAAGCAAGGACCAUCCCACAAAUAGCCGACCUUACACCUUGCCUGAUGGUAGGGUCAACCCCGUUGGGCGGCAGCCCAUUCGUCGACCUGCGCCAAUUGGUCAAUCAGACGCCGCCUACGCUAUCCUACCGCAGUACGCUUGCGUUAGUCGCCACUAUGUUCCAAAGAAUGGGUCUGAGGUACAUGCUUUUGACAAAGAAAGGAAAGCUGCAGGGUCUGAUUACCAGGAAGAGAGUUUGUGCCAUUGCGUGAAUUGGAUGCAGUUCUGGGUCCAGAAGUUUGUAAAAAGUACAGCUUUUCUUUUAAAGUCGCUUCUGUUUCUGUUUUUGUAUGAUUAUAGAUUUGUUUUGUCGUUAUUCCCUAGUAAUAUAGGAUAGGAGAACGCGGAUAGUAGUGUAUGCGAUUAGAGUACUGAAAGAAGCUUGGUUGUGCAUCAAUAGAUUAGGAAGU